AUGCAUCGCAGGCCGUCCAUCUUGUCGUACCGACCGAAGACGUCCUCCGCCCUAGACGACGACAACACCGCUGUCCACACGCCCUUUGACCACACAAUGAAACGCACCGCCUCGCAAACCUUCAACACGCACUACCACGAUGUCAGAGACACGGGCAUAACAUUGGACGCUGUGAACGAGGCCUACCCGGGCCCGGUUGGCGCUGCUGAGCAACAUGCCCACAGCUCGUUAUCGCGAGCGUUUGGCGCUGUGACGGGCAGUUUCACCCGCCAAAAGGCCCGUCGCAGAAUGUCUUCCUUUUCGUCUGCCACGUCUGCGCCGCGCCGCCGCGGCUCCAUACAGAGUUUCAUCGAGUCUCUGCCCUCUUCCUCCACGAGCCGCAAAACGAGCACCGAACAACAACGCCUGCCCCUGCAGCACCAGGAUUCCGGCAUCCCUUCUUUCCAAAUGCAACCCCAAAGCGCCCCCUUGGGCGCCAAAUCCUUUUCUUUCAAGCGACUCAGUAGCAUGAGACGCCGUCCCACUGCCUCUUCAUCAUCCUCAGGGGAACUGCUAAGAAACGCCAUUUGUAAUCCCCCAAUCCCCUACCCAAGUCAAACGGUCCCCGGAGCCGCAGCAAGGCAAGCGGCGGCCGCUGCGAACCAGGACCGUCAAAACCAGCUGCGACGCGAGCAGGAGCAUACCCAUCGUUUCCUCAAUGGCCUCAUUACGACCUCCAUGCGCGACGAUGACAUCAAAGACAACGAGAGCGGUGUCGACAUGACCUGCGCGUCGCCAAUUGUUCGCGCAGACAGUGUUACCGAGAAGAAAAUGAUCGACCCCUUUCAACGCCUCCCUGCUGAACUCGCAACUACCGUCCUUUCUAACCUCGAUGCUGCAUCCCUAGUCCGCGCCGAACGAGUGUCCCGCAGCUGGAACGAGCAUGCGGCCUCCCCGCAUGUCUGGCGCAGCGUCUUCCUCCGCCAGUACGAACCUGAAGUCCACGUGUCGCCUACACCAAUUCAAAUGGGAGGAUUGGGAGUGGGCAAAAUGGCUGGCAGCAACCCUGCUCCUGCGCAAAACUGGAAGAAGAUGUUCGAGGCACGGAGCAUAAUCAACAAGCGAUGGAAGGCUGGCACUCCCGCUGCAAUCUACCUGAAUGGCCAUACAGAUAGUGUCUACUGCUGCCAAUUCGAUGAAAACAAGGCCAUUACAGGAUCCCGCGACCGCACGAUCCGCGUGUGGGAUCUGAAGACUUACAAGUGCCUCAAGGUGUAUGGUGGACCCAAUCACCGCCCAACUGCAAACACCCCUCCCACCAUGGAGGAGCGACCCGAGCGCGUUAUCAGUUACAACUCGCUGAAUGGAACUCGCGCUGGUAACGACAUCUACCAUGUGCCUUCUGACUACCACGAUGCUUCCAUUCUGUGCCUACAGUUCGAUGACGAGAUCAUGGUGACAGGGUCUUCAGACUACACUUGCAUUGUGUGGGACAUUACCGGCGACGAGUUCGUGCCCAUGUACCGCCUCCGCGGCCACGAAGCCGGUGUUCUGGACGUUUGCCUUGACGACAAGUACAUCAUCUCGUGCUCCAAGGAUGCCAUGAUCAAGGUCUGGGAUCGCAAAACCGGCAUAUGCGUGCGCACACUAAAAGGCCACCGCGGCCCCGUCAACGCUGUCCAGCUCCGUGGCAACUUCCUCGUCUCCGCUAGUGGCGACGGGGUGGCCAAGCUGUGGAAUCUCGAAACCGGCCUCUCAAUCAAAGACUUUCCCUCCGAGGACCGGGGCCUUGCAGCCGUCGAGUUCUCCGAUGACGCCAAGUACGUUCUCGCCGGCGGAAAUGAUCACGUCGUGUACAAAUUCGAUGCCUCAACGGGCGAACUCGUGCACAGCAGAGUCAAGCAUGACGGGCUUGUGCGGUCGCUCUUCCUCGAUGCGUUUAAUGGCCGCAUAGUGUCCGGGUCGUACGAUCAGAGCAUCCAAGUCAGCGAUUAUGAGACGGGCCGGACGUAUGCGGUGUACAAGAACUGGACUACGAGUUGGAUAUUGAGCGCCAAGAGCGACUACAGGCGUGUUGUGGCUACGAGUCAGGAUGGGCGGACGUUGAUACUGGACUUUGGACACAACGUGCCUUUUGGUGAGCUGCUCGUGGGGUCCAAGUGA